AUUCUGUAUGCCCUUGCGUUCCAAGGACUUGCUGGAGGUGAUGAGAUCUAGUAGGGUUAACCCUAAGAAGGGAUAUUUAACCCCACAAAACGGUCAGGGAACCAAAAAUCCAAAAUCCCCAAUACCCGCUAUUUUAAUUACCGAUGGGGAUACGGGUUUGGAGCGCCCCCACCAAUUGCUGCAGCGUCUGGAGACGCUGUUCCGAUCAUCAUCUGCCUCCAGGAUACCGUCAAAAAAUCGAUUCCUUACACCCCAAAAUAGGCAACGAACCUGGGAAAGACCCAAAACACCAGAAUUUCGGUCGUCUAAAAAAGGCAUUCCUUUUUCGGAACCUCGUCCUUUACGCUCUAAGGAACUUAGGGAGAAAUCUCAUCUAGGAACUUCCGCCUGCAAGAUAACUUCCCAAAGCAAUCUGGAAAAUCAGGAUCUUCUAAAAACUUCGGAAAAGCGCACCUGCACAUUUGUACCUUCCUCGGCACCACAACCAAUCCGCACAAGUGUGAUUCUUGAGCGGGAGCGCCAGGAGGCUAUUUCAAAUCGCCUAGUCGCAGCAUCGAUUGACCGCCAAAAAACAAAGGCAACAACGACUAGCUUUACGUCGAGCAGGCUGUUGGUGCCCCAGAUUGGAUUCUCGUACCCCAAGGAUCCCAAGAGCCUCCAAAGCCUCCAUGCACCCAGCAAAGCAACCAAGCUGACCAACUCAAAGCGAAAGUUGGAUUUCCAUCCUGAGCUGUCGAAGGAUUCACUGCGGCGGAAGCUGGAUGAGAUGGCGAGGGAAUGGCAGAAAAAGACUGAGUACCAGUUACGUCAGUUUAUCUCGGAUUUUGUGAGCCAACUAGUCCGCCUCCUGCCCUCUAAUGGUGUACAAUUCUCCCAUCUUAGCAGAAAUUGCCAUGUGCAGCAGAUGGCGGAGGCACUGCAGCAGCUCCGGUAUUCUAAAAAGGUGAACAAAAGCUGGCUGAGAACGCCCAACACCCGACAAGCCAUGGGCCAUGUGCUGGAAAUACUCUAUUUCUUGUUGGACAACGUUGAGAAUCGAAAGGGUGAGGGGCUUUGUACGAUUCCCAUUGUCUCAGAAGAGAAGGCAGAACUAAAGGAACCAAAGGUGGAACAUGGUACUCCUAAUGAUAUAAUGAGCCUGCCACUGAAGUUGGAUAAUUUAAAAAUAGAGAAUGCAACCCCGGUAUCCAAUGAUAUGGAUAAAAUAAAGAAUCGGAUUGGGGACGAAGAGUUCUUCAGACAGCUGGAUUCUCAAGAGGAGAGUCUGCAUAACCACCACCUGCAUCUUCUGCGUCUUCAGGAAUUUUCCGAGCUUGUUAACCUCGCCAAGAUAAAAUUAAAACGCUGCUAUAAGGGCAACAAGGAAAGCAUCGAUGAUUUUAAUGAGCAAAUAAGAGAUUUGGCAGACUGUCUGGUUUUUAAAAAUAGACACAUGAGCUCCCAAUCCCAGUUACAUUUAAACCCAAAUCCCACGGAAAAAGAUAUACUUGAGCGUAUGGAGCAAUUGCAGCUGCUGUAUGAAGAUAAUUACUUAAAUCUUGCGCAGUUAAGCAUAAAGCCGCCCCAAGGAAGCCUUUAGGCGAGUUAAGUCACCUUCCUUAUUAAAUCUCAUAAGGUUCCAGUUAAUUUAAGCAAAUAUUUGCGUGUUACGUAAGUUGCACACUGAGCCCCUGUCAUCCAAGCGGCUGGCUUAGUAAUUCCUUACUGAAUUUCACAGAUUUAUUUAAUUGAAUUUAUCAACUGGAAGCCUCGGCAAUGUCCUGGCCUGGAUUUAAGUUCGUGUAAUUGACAUUUAAAUGAGUCAUCGGCAGCUUGGCUACACUCACUCAAAGGAAAUAGCUGAAAAGUUAAGCUGCUUAACUUGGAAUUACUUAAAUAUUUUAAUUUUCAACAGCUUUAUUAUUUGUA